AUGGCAAAGGUGUUGGGUACCGCUUUGGCCCUGCUUGGCUUCGUGGAGGCCCAACAGCCCCGCGAUGACAUUCAGAAGGCCUUUGACGAGUUCUUGAAGGACUUCCAGAAGGAUUAUGACGACAUCGAGAAGCAGGCUCGCUUUGCUGCCUUCGCCAAGAACUUUGAAUACAUCGCUGAGGAGAACGCCAAGGGCUACUCCUACAAGCUCGGCCUCAACGAGUUCUCGGACAUGACGAUGGACGAGUUCAGGAUGAGCAAGCUGGGCCUUGCCCCACCCAGCCUCUGGGGGAGCCUCCCAAGCCUGGGCACUCACCAGGUGGGCAAUGCCACGGCCCCGACGUCCGUGGACUGGCGUGGAAAGGCAGUGACGCCGGUCAAGAACCAGAAGCAGUGCGGUUCAUGCUGGGCUUUCUCGACCACUGGAGCUUUGGAGGGCGCCUGGGCGAUUGCCACGGGCAAGCUUGUGUCCCUCUCCGAGCAGCAGCUGGUGGACUGCUCCAAGAAGUAUGGCAAUCAAGGUUGCAGCGGUGGGCUGAUGGACAACGCGUUCAAAUACGAGGAGCAGGCCCCCGUCUGCACCGAGGAGCCGACAGAGGGCUCUGGCAAGUUGCUCCGGCCGGGGCGGGAGUUCCUAUAA